GAGCGAGAUCCAUACGGAGAGUUGCUCGUUCGCCGAGAAGUGAUCGGAAAAAGCAUCGGAACCGCUGCUGAUUUCCGUCUCGGGAGAUAUCUUAGAAGUUCUUUCACGGUGGCGUCGUCUUCGGGGCAACAACAAUCUCUGUCCAGAAGAAAGUCUUCUUCGUCUUCGUCUCCGUCUCCGUCUCCGUCGCGUUCUGCUCCGGCGGCGCGUUCUUCUCCGGCGAGGAAACCGAUCUCGGAGUUUCCGUUUUGGCAGCAGAACUGGUUCAUCGGACUGCUUUUCGUGAUGGCUUUGGGAUUAAUCUCUGUUGCUCUCUUCCUUUUCCUCAGCCUCGAUCCAGAUAACGACUUCACCUCCACCGUCUCCGCUGCCUCCGGUCAAGAAGGUGUCGAGAUUACCUAUGGUAGUGUGAUUAAGCUGAUGCACGAGAAAACAAAGUUUAGACUGCAUUCACAUGAUGUGCCCUAUGGCUCCGGCAGUGGUCAGCAAUCAGUCACUGGUUUUCCGGGCGUUGAUGAUUCCAAUAGCUACUGGAUUGUUAGACCCGUGCCUGGAAAGUCAUCCAAGCAAGGGGAUGCCAUCAAGGUUGGAACAACCAUUAGACUGCAGCACAUGAAAACUAGAAGAUGGCUGCACAGUCAUUUGCACGCAUCCCCAAUAUCUGGAAACUUGGAGGUGAGCUGCUUCGGUAGUGAUUCACAGUCCGACACAGGGGACCACUGGAAGCUGGUAAUCGAAGGGAGUGGGAAGACUUGGAAGCAAGACCAAAGGAUAAGGCUUCAACACAUAGACACGGGGGGCUAUCUCCACAGCCACGACAAGAAAUACCAACGCAUAGCCGGUGGUCAGCAGGAGGUGUGCGGAGUUAAGGAGAAGAGGGCGGAUAACGUCUGGUUGGCAGCAGAAGGCGUAUACCUUCCCGUGAAGGAAGCCGAGUAGAUGGGAAGAUGGCGCAGGCUGACUGAAGGAUCCAUCUGAUAAUGUAUCGGUUCUCCCUCGGAAUAGUUUUCGUUCGUUAGAUGUGUUGUGAUGUUAUGCAUAUCCUUGACAUACUUUGACGAUAUAUACACCGACGUAUCUGAGCUCUGUUCUUGGUCGAUGAUUCAUCAUUAGUAGCAGAAAAUGAUAAUUAACUUUACCA